ACCUGCCUCGAUUGUCGCCGAUGAAGCCCGAGAAUAAGCGCAUAUGCUUUAGGGUGGUGGCAAACCCACCCGCGACGGUUCGGUGGUUCUUCGAGGAUAAGCCCCUCCAGGAAUCCGGGCUCAUCCGGAUGAUCCAGGAUUGCUUCCCAGCCAUGCCCACUGAAGAGAGCACUUGCUGCGUUAGAUCAGUCUUGGCGACGUACUCUCACAACGGAGUAUACACGUUGAUGGCAGAGAACGCCCUCGGGCGUGCGAACGGGUCCAUGGAUGCCCGGUUCACGCAGCCGGCAGAUCUGGGCCUGGAGCGGGGACGCACGCAUCGCUUCCCUUUCCACGUACCAGGCUUGAAAGGAGGCAACCACUUCUACGAGCACCCGAGCAGCUCCCCUUCGAAACCUAUGAUGGACCUACUUUGGGUUUAUGAAGUGCGGAAGAGGACUACGAGGAUUCAGCUUGUUGAGGAGUUCGACCGGAAAGUCGACCUGCCGAUCGGGAUCAUCAUCACCAUCAUCGUUCAUCACAGUGUCGAUACUGUAUACGGGUUGGAGGUAAUGCAGAUGAAAAGGGAAUACGUCCAACUGCGCCGCCUCAGGGCAGAUCUCCAAUGCGACUGGGACGACAAGAACGCGACGUCGAUUGCGACGACGGACCCAUCGCACCUCCCUCUCGUGGAGAUCCCCUUGCACGCCUUGGAGUUGAAGCAAAUCCUAGGGAAAGGGAACUUCGGCGAGGUUUAUUUCGCCAUUUACAAUUUCAUCCCAGAAGAAGGGAAUGACCCGGAAUCCUGCAAGGUCGCUGUGAAGUUCCCAAAGGAAGGGAACAGCGAAGAGCACAAACAGGAUAUCUACCGAGAGGCGCAGAUGCUGGCGAAAAUGCGACAUCCCAAUAUCAUCCGACUUCUUGGGAUAGUUAGGAGCCAGACGAUAGGGAUCGUCUCCGAGUUCAUGGCACUUGGUGACCUUAAUGGCUUACUCAGGAAACUAGGACCGAAAUCAAAACAUUUUGGAGUGGAGAGUGGGAGCGAGCCGCAGCUGGGUAAAUUGGGACUGGAGGACUUGGUCCAUGUUGCGAUCCAGGUUGGGUCUGGUCUCAAGUACCUCACGGAUCGACACUUCGUCCAUCGGGACCUGGCAACGAGGAAUUGCUUUGUCGGGGAGAACCUCACAGUCAAGAUCGGGGACUUCGGCUUGUCUAGGGACGUCUAUAGCUCCGACUAUUACCGGGUUCGUGUCUUAGUCAUCUAA